GACAGCAACUUUAAUAAAAAACCUCAUAAGAAUACACUAAAAUAAAAAAUUGUGAAACAUAAAAGUUUUUAAUAUUAAAAAUAACAGAGAAUAAAAAAUUAAUAAUAAUUGAGAAAAAUAUUUCGAAAAGUUAAAUUUUUAAAAAUUUAUUUAGCAAAGUAACGACGUAAAAUAACAAUUAAUUUGAAAAAUACAGAAAAUGUUUCUGUAUCAAAAACUGUUUUAAUAUAAUAUAUAAUAAUUAUUGAAAAUAAAUAAAUAAAUAUUUUUGCACUUGCUUUAAGGAAUAUUAAAAAAUAUUUAUAAACUUACAAUAAACCACAAAUAAAGUAAAAACAAUUUUUGCAGAUAACUUAAUUUAUAUUUAUUUAAUUAAAUUAAUUAAAAUGUGCAGUGUUAUUAAAUAAAGUAAACAAAAAGCUUAAAUAAAAAAAUUUAAAUUAAAAAAAAAAUUUAUUUAAAAAGAUGUAUAAAUUACAAUUCUUUAUAUAAUUGAAUUUUGUGAUAGAAAUCGUGUAAUACGAAGAAAAAUAUAUUUAAAGUAAAUUUUAAUACAAAUACAACAUAAACUAGCCUACAAAUAUCACAAAUUAAAAGAAAAUAAAAACCGACGAAGACGCAGUUUCAGAACAACAUCGCGCGCUUAUGCCAAACCACACAAUAUAUUUGCGCUAAGCUAUUUUUAAAAGACCAAAGGCACAGAAGAAGAAACAACACAAAACGGUAGUAAAAAAGACACACCCAAGCACACGCUGAACACGCCAAAGAGGCAUGAUAGUCAAUGUAAAUUGAAGGCGCGCGUGCGACACCUUCGCCACCACUGAUAUCUGCGAACGAAACCACACAAUUAAUCAAUGCGUAAGUUAACUGCAGAAAAAAGUGGAAAAAUUUCAACAAAGUCUAACGAUAUGCCGCCCGCCAGUGGGCAAUUAAAGCAUACACAUGUCAAUAGAGACGAAACGGAAGUCAACAAGCCAAGCGGCAAGUGAGCGCAGCAUACGAUAAAUGGGCGAGAGUAGAUAUCUCGUGCAGCGCGCCAUACUUACAACAAAGUAGCCGACAAGCAACUCCAACAACAAACAAAAUAUAGCAUGACUUGUGGAAACACCAGCGGCUAGCUUGCAUGAAUAAACAUAUACAUUUGUAUAUGUGUGUAUGCGCCAAUAUAUGCCUAGCGCACUAUCAAAAAGAAAGAAGCAAAAAAUCAGUGUAUCGACUUAUCAUCACACAAACACAACCUAUCGUGGGAAUAAUUCAAGAAUCGCUGGACUUCGUAACAUUUGAACGACGUGUAGCGUAUUAAAGUGCCGCAUUAGCGGUGUGAGAGUGCGCGUAUAAAUUUAGAGUACAGCGCGGCUGCUCAAUGUGCUCAGCGCGCUCUUGAAGCAGAAAAUCACGAAAAGUGCUGCAUAAAAGCGAAGCAGUUCGCGCUAGAGAGCCCAAGUGAUACAACACUUUGUACCUGUUGGGCGCGAGUGUGAGCGCGAUCAUUGUCACAGCCACCCACUUGUGCGCUCAGCUGUUUGCUAUCGCUGCGAUCAAUAGCGAGGCGCUCGCAUUAAAUAUAUGAACAACGCGCCGCUCGCAAAUUUGUGCGCUGGGCAAUUGGAUAUAUUACAUGGCUAGCGCGCGGCGACCGCUCUACAGUUUUGCUUGAAACGUUUUGGAGUGCAGAUCGUUGAAGUUGCAAAGUGAAGAAAUUUGAAAACGGUCAAACGCGAAACAUACGACUCGCAAAAGAAAAAACAAAUACAAUAAUUUUUUAUUAUAUUAUAUGUAAAACUGAAUGCUGAGUAAAUGUAUAAUGUGUAAACGGUUAGCAGCGUUCAGUUGAAGCAUUAAUUUUUGCCAAUAAUCAUUCAAGUGUUACAAUAUAAAGGCAAACUCAUAAACGCCAGCUGCAAGUUGAAAAAAGUUUGCCAAGCAAAAGCCAACGUACAGCCAACUGGAAUUGUGAAACAAUGAAUUUAUAUAUAGUUAAACAAAAAAAUGUGUGAAAUUGUGUUUAAAAAUUCCGCAAACUUGUGGCGUGUGUAGACUACAAAAUAAAAAAGAAAGAAAAAACUCAAGCGCUCACACUAACAAUAAGCGCUCGCAACGCGGCAGAAAGCAAAAAGCGCAAAGCAACCAGUAAACUGGUAAUAAAGUGAACGCGCCUGUGAAUUGUGCACAGAUUUGAAAAUAAGCGGCAAAGCGCCAGAAGAGAUUUUUAGUUAAAGUUGUAUAAAAUGUCCACGAGCCAACAGUCCAACUGAGGUUGAGUGUGGGGCGCAAAACGUUGAAGAAUAAACAUAAAAUAUUAAUGUACAUAAAAAAUAUACAUAUACAUAUAUAUGUAUAGUUGUGAUAUAAAAAGUUAAAAAUAUAUAUAUAUUUAAGUCACAGCAGCCAAGGCAGACGCGUACGCGCUAGACAGUGAGAAACUUCAGCAUUAACGCGCAAGCGAAUUCCAACUUAAUAUAAAUAAGUAAUAAUUAUACAAAAAUACUGCAAAUCAUACAAAAAGUAUAGACAGUGACUGUAAGUGCUGAAAAAGUGUGCAAUUAAAGUUCGAAAUACACACGCGGAGUCGCUAAGCAGAGCAGUCAGCCACAAAGGCCAAAUAAACCUUUUACAUUUGACAAGAAAAACACAGUGACUAAGCGAAAAGCAGCAAAGCAGCAAAGCAAUAGUGUAGUUUGUUGGCGAUCAAAAACUUUUCCGCCAUAAACAUAAGAAAAAAUAAAAAAAGUGAAGAAAGAGUAAGGCUCGCGCGCCACUCGAUAGAUAAAGCAGUUCAAAGGGAGCGACAAGGCGUGAAAAAUCGCGAAGCUAAAAACGCGGUGUGCGAAAAUACAAAAAAACAAAAAUUGCAGCAAAGUGUGAGGUGGCAUUAUUUGAAAACAAAAAAAAAACAGUAAAAAUUACCAUUGAACGUUUUUACCUAUUGCUCAUAGUGUGUGCCACGCUCCUGCGCGCAGUGCAGGCAAAUGCUGACUAAGCGCCAGCAACAAUAGAAAAAACAGUUGAAAGGUAAAAUUUGCAGUGUUAACUGGUGUAACGCGUAACGUUUUAGAACACCGAACGCGCGUGCGCAUUUUUUGUUUAAAUAAACAGUUUAUUGUUGUUGUCAAAACGUAUACAAAUGCCGCGUCAGCUGCUUACGCACCUCAGAUUUACAACAUUAAAGCAAAAGCAACAAAAACAAUACAGUGCAUUAAAAAAUAAAAGUGAACAUUUUCUGUGCAGCUGGGUACUAAAGUUCUUAAGAAACCCGUUAGUUUGUUAAAUCUCGCAGCGCAUGCUAAUCAGGUACACCCGCCACUACAACAAAUAAUGGCCAUAGAUUUUCUAAUACUGGCGCUAUUGCUGUUCUCGUUCGUCAUCAAUUUGCUGGCUUUGGGCGCAUUCUGGGUCACGCCUGGUCUGCGUACCACUGCCAAUCGUUUCACCAUCAAUUUGCUGGUGAUCAAUUUGAUCGGUUGUCUUAUACUGGCGCCCACAUUGUUUCUCAGUCAGGCAACGCGUCGCGGCGCUAGCAAGGAUGCUGCAACUAAUGCGUCUGUAUUGUCACUUGCCGCGACGGCGAGCGAUGAUCGCAUCGAGAUACUCGCAAAACCGGGUAAUCGCCAGAUGACCAUUAAACAUAAUGGCAAAUUGUUGGAGCAAGAGGGCGUUAUUGUAAAGCAUAAUUUGACGAACGCACAGGAUGCGCGCACAAUUGAAACCAUUUACAAGUGCAAUUCGACAUAUUGUCAGGAGUUGACAAUCGAUGAAGGCACCGAUACGAUUGUUAUCACCGAAAUCGAAGAGGCGAAUCAUCAUGCUGAAGUGGCAAGUACAGCGCCUGUUGAUGUCGUUGCAGCGCUGCUGCCACGUCCACAUAUACGCUGCUGGUCCAUCGAUAUGGCGGCCGCUUUGGGCGCGCUUGGCGUGCUGCUUGUCGUUGGCGAUACUUGGUGUGCGGUCACUGAUCCACUGCGUUAUCAUACGCGCAUAUCUAGCUUGAAGACAUGGAUAUUCAUUGCGCUCACUUGGGUGGUGGGUUUGAUGUUUGGCGCGCUAUCUGCCUUUCGUGAAAUCGAUUUUACCACAAAAACUGUGCUACACGAGCAGCAAGGCUUUGCGGAAUUGAGUUUAAGCUCGGCUAAUAGUAUUUUUGGCAUCAGUUUCGCUUGCGUUUACUUCCUCGUCAUUAUACUGCUGCCGUUCGGCUUCGUUUGUGGCAUGUAUUGGCGCAUAUUUAGCGAAGCGCGUGAAAAUGGCUUGCGCAUGCGACAGAAUGGUUCAUCGCCGUUGUUGCAAAGUGCGCUCAAUUUGACACAUCAUCAGCAAAGCUCAUCACUGCAGUAUUCAAAUAUGUGCGCCCACCGCAACUCCGUCUCAUCGGCGUCAUCGAAUGGCGGUGGCAGCGCCUGUGAACGCGGCGGCUUGCAGAUGCAGAUUGAUCAACGUAAAAGUUCGCCUGUAUGUGCGCGUCGCGAUUCCGCCGCUAAAGUGCUGCUACCCACUAUCUCCGAUGAUGGUUUGUCAGAUGAAGCGGCACAACUCGAAUCCGGCGAUUACAACGCCGAACCACUAGUGCCGCUUACACAGCAACCCAACUAUGCGGAUCGUAAUCAAAAUAUCCUGCUGACAUUACAAACUGCGAGUGGUGAAAUCAAGCGCAAUUAUUCGGCACGUCAGCUGCCAUUGCUCGGCACAUCAUCACAGGAUUUGCUGGAAACGAACAGGUUAGAAGGUGUGCGCCAAGUGCAUUCUUCGCCCAAUCUACAUAAGUACACGCAAGAUCCGCUCGAUACCAGCUGUUCGCCACACCUGUUAGGUCAUGCGCAAUUGCAUACACAUCACGCUGCCAGCACCAUCACCACCACUGGCACACGCCAACAACAUUUCGUGUCACAGAAUGCGCAUAAUCGCCAGCACUCACAUGUGCUGCAAAUACCUUGCCUGCCGCAUAGCUCACCGAAAGCGCUUAGCUACAUGUCAACGCUACGCCAUCGCCUAUCGAACGCUUCAUCGCUCUUCAAGUAUCGCGAAGAAUCGCGCACUGUGCGCAUCAGCAUACUAGUGAUCAUAAUGUUCCUGGUUUCGUAUUUGCCUUAUGGCUUCUUAGUCGUGCUGCAGAGUCGCUUCCGCAGCGCCAACUUCGAACAUUCCACACAGCUUGCCAUCUUCAUGCUGCUACUGGGCAAUCUUACAUCACCUUUCAUAUUUGCGUAUCGCAAUAAACGAGUACGCCGCGGCGUUAAACGUCUCUUUGGUUUCGAAACAAGUACGCGUGAGCGUUCGCUGCAGCGUCAGAGUAGUUCCUGUGGACGCGGCAGUGGCUUUCUCAAUCGUCAUUGCGCAGGUACUCGCAACGCCGCCAACAUUCGACGCAACAUCAGUAAAGUAUCAACAUACUCAUUGAACUCUUGCAAAUUUUUAACGCCACAGAAUUCGCUCAGCAGCGCCGUUGUGCCAUCAGCAACGUCGUCUACAAACCGUCAUAGCAGUCCCGCGCGCAUACAUGGUCUGCGCCCAAACAGCAGCUGCAGCACGAUCAUCAAUUUUUGUGCGCCACCAGCAAAAGAGCAGGCGCUGCCGACGGCACAACAGCUGCAGCAGCAAAAAACAGCAGUAGAUGCUACACAAAAGACUGCAAACCAGUCGUGUGACACUCCCACCGCCAUCAAAGCUACAUACAUAUUGAAUAUGAAUGGCAAUUCGCCGAAUGGCACCGCGCGCAUUACCGAAGCGCUGCCAGCGGCAAAUGGCAAAUUCGCACCCAAGCGCAGUCUCUUCAAAAUCUUCUUUCAAGGUUCAAAGAAUCUGAGCUGCGCUGCAGCGCAAUCAUGUGCACAAGGCAAAGAUGCUGAAGUGGAACCAGCCGACGUAUGAGUUGUGCAACAGCAACACAGCCUUGGCAGAAGGCCUAGCGAAAGUGUAAGGUACAGCAUCGCCGACAGCGUAGCAGCACAAUUGCUUGUGUCAAUCAGCAGCUUUGCUAUGCUACGUGCCAAGCCGAUAUUGAGAGGCGCAUACAGCGGUCUACGUAACGUAGACACGAUUGUGCAGUCCAUAAACGGCCGGCAGCUGACAAAGCAGUAAUUCGAGUGCUACAGCAGUUCGCAAAUGGGCACCGACAUAGUUGUCACCACAACGCCAGCAGCAACAACAACAAAUGGCAGCGAAGUGGUACGCACAUUGCAGUCAUACAAACAGCAAACAGUCAGUAUUAAGUAUAUAUAAUACAUAUUGUAUAUAUACGUAUAUGAUAUAUGUUUUUUUGUGCUAAUGGACUCUAAAUAUGCUAGCGGUAGUUUAAAAAAAUUCUAUUAUGAAAGCAAUCGCUUUGUUAGUGGGCGUUUAAGCUGCCGCGCGCUCAGCAGCUGUAUUUAUAGCAACUUUGCAUAUAUAUAAUACAUAGUUGUGCUUGUGUGUAUAGAUUUGUUUAAAGAAGGUAGCUUUUUUUCUAAAAUUAAAAGCUUAAACAGGCCAUAAAUUAAAUUUCAGCGUGAAAAGUGUGUUAUAAAUUUCGUACAAAUUAUGUGCAAACAAGAAAGUCCGCUUAAUCAGAUAACAAUAUUUUAAAUUGAAAAAAAAUAUUGAAAUUAUGGAGUACAAUAUAAGAAAUUUUUAGCUAAUUUUUGUCUAAACUCUAUGCGAUGUUUUUAAAAAUUGUAUGUAAUGUGUGCCGAAAUUGUAUCUAAUUUGUUCCAAAUUGUGUUAAUUUGUAUUGAAAAUGUAUAUAUUUUGUACCAAAUUGUGUUAACGUGUACCGAAUUUGUUUCUAUUUUGUACCGAAUUGUGUUAAUUUGUAUCGAGAUUGUUGUGAUUAGUAUCUAAAAUAUUUAAAUUUCUAAAUAAAAAUUUAAUUUUGACAAAAAUUAAACCCAUAGUGUAUCCAAUUUGUACCUAAUUUGUACCGAAAUUCGGUAAAAAUAACAAUGAUUUUGCUUAUAUGCGUAAAUAAAAUACAUACAUAGUUUAAAGUAAAUUUUGCACUAUUUCACUCAUUGCUGGUACCGCAAGUGUUCGUAUGGUUAACUAGGAAACAAACAACAAGCACAAAUUUUAUUUGAAACAUGAGAAAGGCAUUGCUAUCAAUUUAAACUAAUUAUUUUUAUUUAUAUACCUGUAUUUGUGUGUAUUUAUUGGCUUAUUUCCACAAGUGAAAGUGACCUAAAAAAUUGAAAAAUGAAAGAAUUAGCAAAAAUUUAUACAUAUGUACAUAUAUGUAUAUUUAAAUGCAUGUGAGCUGGAUGCAUAUACAUUUAUGAAGAAACAGUAGAAUUUAUUUGAAAAUGUAAAUAAAAUCACAUUGUAUAUGUAAUUUUAAAUGGCAAAAACUAAGCAAAAGUCAAUACAUUUAGUGAGAAAAGAAAAAAUUAGCAACUAAAGCUUUUAACUAGCAAAAAUUUUUAGAAAAAAUAUUUAACAAGUGAAAAAGUUAGAUGUGUAUGUAUUAUAUAUGUAUAAGUGAGACAAAAUAUAGGUAAAUGUGUAACACAGCGUGUCACAUACAAGCAUAAGUAUGUAUAAACAGCAGAAUAUAUUUACAUACUUACUGAUCAUGUAUAUGUUUAUACAUAUAUGUACUUAUACAUAUAUACCAAAGACAUGCAUAUUUACAUUAGAUUAACCUAUAUAUUUACAUGUUUUGUUCUACAGUAAAUAUUUAAAACAGUAGAAGUAUAGAAAGAAGCAAAAAAUUUAGUUCACGCUAGAUUUUCAGAAGAUUAAUUACAAUAAUAAAACGCUGUUAUACAAACUUCAAUUGAACGUUUCAUUUAAUGCAACAACAAAGCUUUAAUUACACUAGCAAAGUUAUAAUAUUCGUAGUUAAUUAAUAUACCUAUAUGUAUAAAUAAAUAGUAUGUACAUAGAAUUAAAUUACAUAUGUAUGUAUAUAUGUUUAUAUAUAGUAUAAAACGAACACACACAUGCAUACAAGCAAAGCAAAGAAACAAAGUAAACAGAAUCGAAGUAGAAAGCACUAAAUGUUAAGUGUAUAAGUUAAAGCAACAAAAACUGUAAGAAAAAAAUUAAAACAAAUUUUCAUGCCAUAAAUUUACACAAAUCAAUUAAAAAUCGAACUCUGCUUGAAAUUGAAAAUUUGCCUGAAAAUUUGAGAGGAAUAUAUACAAAAACAAUUUUAAAAAAUUAUAACAAAGCAACCAAAAAAACUAAAAUUAAUGAACAAAAAAACAAGCUUUUUAUUUGCUAUAAUUUUUACUAUAAAUAUGUGCUAUAAUUUUUGCUUUAAUAUUUUUCGUUAUAUUUUAAA